AUGCCUGCAAGUGAAAUUCAGCCUCAAGGAACCAAGGAAAUAUUCAAGUUUUUUUUUUAUUAUUAUUCAAGCCUGUUCCUUUAUCUAUCUAUCUCAUCCUGUUCAUUAUUUAUUUAUCUCUCUAUCUCAGCCUGUUCAUUAUCUAUCUAUUUACCUCUCUAUCUGUAUAUUUUAGUUUGUUCAUUAUCUAUCUCAUUCUAUUCAUAUCUAUCUCAUUGUUUCAUAUCUAUCUAUCUAUCAAUCUAUCUAUAUAUAUAUAUAUCACAGACUAUUCAAAUUGAUCUUUCUCAUUCUGUUCAUAUCUAUCUAUCUAUCACAGACUAUUCAAAUCUAUCUAUCUUUCUCAUUCUAUUCAUAUCUAUCUAUCUAUCUAGCUUAUCCUCAAACAUUUUGAUCAGCACUCUUUCUCUCUAUACUCUAUUACUUUCACUCAAUUUCUAUAUAUCCCUCUCUCUACACCCCCUACUUGAUACCUUUUUCUUUCGUCAUCCCUUCUUGACCCCUCUCUAUUUUCACUAUCUAUCCUCUUUCUCUCUCUCCAUAUAUAUCAAUUAA